AAAUGGAUUUGGAGUUUUCAGGGAAAGAGCCUUUCUUGAAAGGAUCAUUCUGGCCUCUCUACUGCUCUAGGAUGCUGGAGGAAAUGGAGAGGGAGGGUGUCAAGCUCAGAAACACUUCCCUGCUAAAAAAGUCAGGCUCCAAGGACUGCAGAGAUGAACUGAAAUGGAGCAAAUUUGGAAACAAUAACAACUACAUGAACAUGGCAGAGGCAAACAACGCAUUUCUUGCUGCAAAUGAGCAGACUUUCCAUACGCCGAGCCUUGGGGAUGAGGAGUUUGAAAUCCCACCCAUUACCCCCCCACCCGAGUCAGACCCUGCCCUGGGGAUGGCAGAUAUAUUGCUGCCCUUUCAGGGCCUUGGUGACCAGCUGUCUGCACAAGGAAAUGAAUUUACGCCUCAGUUUCCCCCCCAGAGCUUGGAUCUUCCCUCCAUCACCAUAUCCCGAAAUCUCGUGGAGCAAGAUGGCAUCAUCCACAGCAAUGGAUUGCAUAUG